AUGCAUUUUACUCAUUUGACAGCUGCGCCUUCUUCUGCUUCCCCAUCUACGACGAGGGACUAUCCAAAGAUAGAUGUUGAGCUUUCGGUUAUUCCUUGCUCUGGGAGUGAGGGUUCAUGGACGCUGGGAAGGCACGUUCAUCCAAGGCAAUGGAGCCAGGCGCGGAAGACAUAUGAUACGUGCUUGAUUGUCUUUCUUGAGUUCUUCACUACUAUGAUCAGCACCGCAGGAUCACCGGUUGCUGGACACAUUUACGACGAUCUCAAUCUGAGCCCAGUUGCAGCGACUUGCAUUUUUGUUUCAACAUAUCUCAUCGGCCAGACUAUCGGAGGAGUCUUCUUCCCACCUUGGUCAGAGUCCUUUGGCCGUAAGAAACUCUACGUAAUCAGCACCGGCCUAUACAGCCUGUCAUGCAUUCUCGUCGGCAAGGUGCCCACAAUUCCUGGCAUCGUUGUCGGUCGUUUCAUCGGUGGACUGUUAUCGUCUGUCCCUACCAUUGUUGCCACGGGCAGCAUCGAAGAUCUUUGGGACACCAAUGCGCGGGUAUGGUGGCUGUACUGGUGGUCACUGGUCGCGAACCUCGGGAUAUUGACAGGUCCGGUCUUCAGUGACUUGGUAAUGAGAAGUACUCACUGGACGUGGGUGUUUUACACUGCGGCCAUAGUCACAGCAUGCGUCACGAUGCUGCUCCUCACAAUCAGGGAGUCUCGUCCCUCCGUCGUACUAGCGAGGGCUCAGGCACUCACCGAAGUCCAAGGCCUAAAUACCAACACCACCUCACCGGACAAGGUUUUCCCUUCGACUCACGAGAAGCUCGACCUCCUCCGCCCCCUCCGACUCUUCUUCACCGAGCCAAUAGUCUGCCUCGCCGCAGUCAUCAGCGCCAUCGCCUUUGGGCUCGUCUACCUCUUCACCGAGGUCCUACCCCUUGUCUACGUCGACAUGGGCUUUACCGAUGCAUCGGUGAACUUACCCUUUCUCCCUCUUGCAAUCGGUAUGGUCUUCAGCGCACUCACACGUCUUUACGAUCGUCGAGUCCUUGCCGAGAGGAUGUCAAGAUCGCUACCACUCACACCCGAGUCGAAAUUCGCAGGCUUCAUCAUCGGAGCCCCGUUGUUGGCUAUCGGCCUUUGGUCAUUUGCCUGGACUAUCCCGCCCUACACGACAUCAGCACACUGGGCUAUCCCGACGAUAGCACUCGUACCCAUAGGCUACGCAGUCAACGAGUUUGACUACGUGCUGGCUGGAUAUCUCACCGACUGCUAUCAGACAUACUCGGCCAGCAGCUACGCUUGCAUGUCACUCUCACGUUCAACUUGCAGUGCAACGUUUCCUCUCUUCGGACGAGCACUGUUUGACUCCUUGGGCUUCAACGUCGCAACUUCCGUGUUUGCAACUCUGGCCACGGUUCUGUGUGCUGUACCUCCAUUGUUGUUGAGGUACGGGGGUACACUUAGAGCCAAAAGCGCGUUCGCGAGCAAGGAUUCGAGAGAUCUGGCUACCUUGUGA